AUGUCAACACAGCUUAGUGACAACAGAGAUGAAGAACAUUCAGUAAACUCAUCAUUGAGUACUCAGGAGGAUCUUGAGACCAUCAUCAAACAACUCGCUGAAACAUCAUUGUCAAAACUCAUCUCGUCGACACCAAUGAACUCGCAAACUGACCUGCGGCAUGCCACGGCCCACACUAUCUCCCCCAUCAAGAAAUCACAUACAUCCAUCACAAACAUUCAUCCAACAACCACGAACGAAGUCUUGCUACUUGCAGCUCUCCACGAGGCAGAGGCAGCCAAUGCUGCACUGAAAAAACACAUUAUCGCACUCUGGGCAUCCAAUAUAUUGAAUGAGAUGUACUGUGCUAAAAUUCGCAGUCAGCUUGCUCAUCAGGAGUUAAAAAAGCAGGCAGGAAAUAAUGGUGGAAAGAUUCUCAGGGAUGGCUUACCACACUUGUUGUCAGGCGACAUGUUCUAUGAAAGAGUUGUUCAGUUUGAGGAGGCUCAAACAAGAGGUGCAGCUGAGAAGAGGACGAGGACCGAAGAGUGGAAGAGACACACUGAAGCAUUGGCAGAUUGGAAAAAGCUUGAGGAUGCGAGGAAGGCAGAGAAUAAGGCAUGGCGAGAACACUAUCAUGAAGUGUUAAAGAUAUGGGAGUCAGAGAAGGCUCGCACAAAAGAAGAGAAGCGGAAACUCACAGAGAAGAAGCCCACUUUGGGCAAGCUCAUUGCAGCCAUACCACGGCCAAAGGUAAUUGUAUCUGAGGAGUGUGAAAGUGAUGGCGAGUAUUUUGAUCUGGAUGAUAUAGGCUCAUGCGCCAGUGACGAAUAUUAA